UAACAGUUGUUACUUUAUUCUCUUCAUAUUGUUCACGCUUAAAAGUUUGGAUGUCUGCCACAAAGAUUGUAAGACGCCACUAAAUCAGCUGAUGUAAAGACUCACAUUUGCUUAUUUAAAGUCUACCUGGUCGCAUAUCACAAUACUAACAAGCAAGCAAAACAAAAGACCAUGUCUGAAACACUCACUGCUGUAAUAUGUGGAGGAGGCAACGCUGCACAUGUAAUGACAGGUCUUGCAUCCUCUCGUGAAAAUGUUGAUAUCCGAGUCCUUGAUGUAUUUUCCGAUGAAGCAGAAAGAUGGACGAAAACACUAGGAGCUGAUCCAUUAGUACUUACCGUUAAUCACCCUGAUGGCACCCAUGACGAGGUUCGUGGAAAACCCAACAUCAUCACCAAUGAUGCCAGUCUAGCUGUUCCAGGAGCCAGUGUAAUCAUUUUUGCCGUCCCCGCCUUCGCCCAUGAGUCCUAUUUCCAAGCUAUCAAACCAUAUCUUAAAGCAAAUACCACUAUCGUUGGUAUGCCUGGUCAACCUGGCUUUGAGUUUCAGUGCUUUAGUAUCUUAAAAGAUACCGCGCCAGAAUGCUGUGUCGUCGCAUUUGAGGGUCUGCCAUGGGCUGCUAGAAUAAGUGAGUUCGGCAGAGCUGUUACUGUCUUGAGCACCAAAGAUUUUCUAGGCUGCGUCGUCAUCAAAGGCAAAAGUAAUGUGGGUCCCGAUCCCCUGAAACCAGUUCAGUAUCUUCUUGGUCCCCGCCCAGUAGCUCAAAUAUAUCACAACUUCCUUGAACCAACUCUGAACACUAAAUCCAUCAUGCAUCCACCUAUAAUGUACGGAACAUGGUACGAAUGGGAUGGUCAGCCAUUGGACAGUAAGCCAUUGUUUUACCAGGGUCUUAAUGCAGAAGCUGCUGAAUUAAUGUCUGGAAUGAGUGAUGAACUUAUUGCUACAGCUAGAGAAAUUUCCCGAAAGAAGCCAGAAAUUAAUCUUGACGAAGUUGGGCAUCUUUUUGAUUGGUUUAAGUUGAUCUAUAAAGAUGAGAUAAAGGAUAAAAGCAGUCUUCUGACAGCACUACAGACUAAUUCAGCAUACAACGGACUCCUUCACCCAAUGAAGGAGACCCCAGAUGGCAAGUUCCUUCCCGAUUUCACUUACAGAUAUAUGACAGAAGAUGUUCCGUUUGGACUUGUUGUUUUGAAAGGAAUCAGCGAGAUUGCUGGUGUGGCCACUCCUGUUACAGACAAAGUUCUGGCUUGGUCGCAAAAAAUGAUCGGCAAGGAAUACAUUGUUGGUGAUAAACUGUGUGGAAAGGAUGUGGCCACUUCAAGAGCACCACAACGCUAUGGUUAUAAAACCUUAGACGAUUUCGAUAUUCUUUUGCAAUAAUUGUGCUCAAACUGGUGAUUAACCGCCUUAAUCUAAUUAAGAAUUCAAUCAAUGUUUUUAAUUAAUGUAUGGUUCCAGUUACAUCUAUUACUAAUGGUAUUUUUUUCACAUUGUCCAAACGAGGUACCACGUUACUGUUCAUCUUAAGAUGAACUGCCUAGAAGUUCAAUUUACAAAACAUGAACAUGUAUUUACAACUGCUUUCUUGAUAUAUAUAUAUGUAUCUUUUUAAGUUUUAUCUCAUAGCCUUAGGACGCUCAAACCUUUAAGAUUAUUUUACAUUAUUCAAUUGUUCAAUCAUAACUUUACAUUUCUCAAUAAUACAAAACAGAGUUAUUUAAAAUGUUUGUUGUGUUACUUCUUUCAUUUCCCCGUGUUUUCGUUAAAGAUAUAUUUAAUCUAAAGAUGCGAUCUUUAAUACAAAAUCAUGGAUUGGAAAUCAUAUUCAAACUAUCACGACAAUGUGUGUAUGCUACCAAAAGCAUUGUAUCUUUUGAGAUACUUCUAGGGAAUUUUAAGGGGGCCUCCAUUACGUAUUAUAACUGAAAGACGACGAAGUGACGAGCGCUAGCUUUACUUAGUUUGUGAACAAUGCAGACGCUUAGGUAACAAAGUCAAACUCGGUGGGUAACGUUUAUUUACAAGACAGUAACUUGUUUAUUUAAUUAUGGGCCAAUUGUAGCAGUUUUAGUCUAUAAUUUGAAAUACCUAACACAUUCAAACAGUUCACAAGAAAAUAGUUUAUCCCUUGUCUUCCAGAACAAUGAAAUGUUGUAAAAGUAUUACCAUGUCAAAAUUGUUAAUUUAAUUUUGACCCAUGUAGGGUGAAGAGAGGUUGACCGUCUUAUUUUUCUGCACUAAACCGACAUACACCAUAGGUCUGUUGUUUAAAAGAGAAAAUAUUUAUUAUUUAAUCUCUCUACCAUCUUGAAUUUUAGGUGCUAUUUUGAAUACAUCAAAAUUAAAUAUAGAUCAAAUUAAAAUGAAACGGGGUAUAAUGUCCUACUUUUCUGUUCCGUCCGGGCUAAUGAAGACGGCAUACGUCAUGCAGUGUGCUACGGACAUAUUUUUUCCCUGUCAUCGACGUUAUGGCCUACUCUUAUAUCGCAUUCCAACUGUCAAGGGUUCUUUAAGGUGCACGGGAGCUCGGCUUUUUCGUCCAACCAGAAUGACUAGAGGCCGUUCCUUGUCACGACCUUCAUCUUGCACUAUUGACACGGGAAAACCACGACGGCGAAUCACGGGGAACUUUCUCGGCCAAAACCGGGAUAGAAUCCGGGAAUCCAUAGCUAGCGACCCAGAGAUCUACUCAGUGAACCACCGCGGCUCCGGAUAAAAUUGAACAAUUUUACGAUUGAAUUGUGAUAUUUACGUAAAUUGAUUACAAUGGUGGCCUAUAGUCCUUGCUUCACGUUGUGGUAUCUUGCGUACGCUUUAACAGUUAUCAUUUGAUCUGCAUGAAAUUCCAAUCUGAUUAAACCACAGAUCCUU